AUGCAGCACCCGAAGAAUGCGCAAACCCUUCGAGAAAAGGCGUGGAAUGGCCUCCACGAGAAAGAGCGAGGCAUAGUCUGGCUUGUUUUGCUGGAUGUGAUCUCUCCCUGCGAAAGCUCCCACGAGUCGGAAAUUCAGGCCCGAAUAAAAGCGUACCUCGAACUUUCUGAGGAGGAGACUUUUCUAACCCCAGACUUUCUCCUUUCCCCGUCCAACCUAAACAAAGCCUACAAGCAGAUCCAGAAAGACGUUCUCCGCAUAAAAAGCACUUUUCAGGGCACAGACAUUUCAGACCGUUAUAUAAAAGCGAUGCAAAUAUUCACUAGAAAGCACUCUGUGAUUGGAUACGCCCAGGGGAUGUGCGAAAUAUUUAAGCUCUUUAUAGACGUAUACGCUGUAGGGUACUCCGUGGAGGAGGCUGAGGCUCUUUCCUACUUCUGCUUUACUAAGAUCGUUUGCACGUACUUAGACUAUUUUUCAUCUAGGCAGGCGGGAAUUGAAAGAUCAAUUUUUGAGAUUCAGGUUCUGAUAAAAAAAUACGCGCCUGACCUGGAAAGGCACUUUUCCCGGGAGGGCGUGGAAGUGAAAUACUUCGCAUACAACUGGGUCUCUACUUUCCUGAUUCGGGAGUUUAUGCAGCACAAGGAAGUCUUUGACGCGCACUUCUCCCUGGGGCCUGAGGAGUUCGUGCGUUUUAACGAGGCAUUUUCAGCGGGAAUUAUUUUUCACCUUUCAGGUUCUCUCCUGGAAAGCGACUUUGAGGGCAUUAUCAGGACCCUGCAAAACCUGCAGGAUAGAGCCUGGUCUCGCCCGGAAAUAGAGAAGCUCCUCUCCAUCGGGUUUGUGAUAUACUCUGGGGGGCGGCUCUGGUAG